AUGGCCACGGCGUGGCUGCUGACGCGAGGGAUUUCGCGGGAGGUGCUACACAACGUGUUGCCCAGUUCUCGCCGGUUGCCGGAUAUGACGUGCAAAAGUAUUGUAUUUUUACGUAGAAAUUGCAAUGGUGUUGCGGGACAAAUUAAUUACCUUCUCCUGGCCAGAUUCUGAACAACAGAUUGUGCUUUUCGUCUUUGUCUUGUCGAGAUUCAAUUUGUAAUGCAAUUACUGCUACCACGAUAAAAAUUUUUCAAUGCAUACCGGAGUUACACCCGGUCCAGCACGACCACCGAGACUACGCGGUGGGCCUUUUGGAGCUUGUCUGGGAAAGAGAUCUAUGCACUGCAAAAGUAUCAUACUCGUACUGAGCGCAGUCAUGCAAUACAAAUCUCUCUUUCAAGCUAAAUCAGCAUAACAAAUUCCGUUUGUCGUGCUGAGCUAGUUUGUAUUGCAAUACUACGAGUGCGAUACUUUUUCAAUGCAUAAGAUCUAGUUUGGCACCGGGAAGAGUGGGAAGAGUCGUUGGAGUUGUACAAGCUGACCGGCGGGGUCCCAGGGGAAACAGAAUACAAGAAAAUUGUUGUGGGAAGAUGCAGGAAUAACGAGUUUGCUACAAUAGUGGAACAAGAAAAGCGGGAACUGGAGGUGGUUGUGCACGAUAAGAAUGCGACAGUGGCGGCAGUUCCGCUUACAAGAACAGGAAGAACAGCUGGGGACGAGGACAUCUACGUCAGGAGCCAAGACGUUCUUACCGAGGACGCCAUGCCAGCAGGCGGGAAGAAUGAGAACAAGGAUAACAACAAGUCGGGUACUAGUACUAGCUUCGCUGGGACUUAUCUUUCGUCUUCGACCGCGACCUACGGCGAUGGUACGUCGGCGGCGACAGUAGAGGAAAAUACUAAACCUGGACCUACUUGCACUUCUCCACCAGCAGACAAGAACAGAGAAGAUAAAAUAAAUGGCGUUAGCAUCAUGUCAGAUGUGUUUUCCACCACAUUGAAUGCCUUUGACAUGACGUUCAAACACAAAAACGCCAGCUCCUUGUCUUCCUUCUCCGCUUCGGCUUCGUCCUCCGCCACAGAGAGUAUGUGUCUGGCUCUUUGCCACGAAGGCCACCCUGCUCGUCGGGGGCCACGAAGGGUUUAUGCUGUUCCUGCUUCCUCCUCCUCCUCCUCCUCCUCCUGCUUGAGUGCCGACGCUACAGCAAAUGAAGACGAGGAUCAAAGUCAACAUCCACCGCUGGUGUUUUACUACGCUGAAACUGCAAAAAUGAAAAACGAGGACAAUAUUAAACGUCGUGCUGCUCCUGUCCUCGCCCGGCCAUCCAGCAGUAAACCCGCCGUCAAAGUAGAACCCAAACACGACCUCCCACUCCCAGAGACAGACGACACCGCGGUAGCCAUGGCUGCAAAUGAGGACGAAAUAGUUGGAAAGACAACUAUAUGGAUUGUAAAAGUGUCUGGGUCUGGAAACUUCUGAUGCUGGGUGGCGUCUCAUGAUGAGGCCACAAGUGCUGGCUCAGCAUGACAAGUUUCUGAGCUCCUAGGUUUUGCCUAUUCUGCAUAACAAACUGCGCUUCUGCAUCACAGAAAAACGGGCCUCUUGGGUAACGUGCGUGACAUUGACAGAUUUCAGAGUCAUGCCAGACGAGCAUGACAAACAUGAAUUCUUCCAGACCCAGACAUUUUUGCACUUGAUAAACAACCCUUGUUCCCGAAGAUUUCGUGGCGGACUUCUUCAAAACCGACAUGACCUCAGUAUGGCGUUCUCAACUGUUACAUUCUCAGCUGUUAGAUGGGUUUGUGAUGCAAGAAUGGGAACAGUGAAAGCGGGGAGGUUGCCGUUGCUGUUGCAUCUGUAGCAUUACAAAUUCCAAACAGAUUUAGGUACUGCUUAGCCGUUCGCAGAUUUGUCAUGCGAAGCAGCUUGAUCGUGUGGGUGAUGAUGGUUUUUUCGCAUGACAAAUCCAUGUAACAGCUGAGAGUGUAACAGUUAAGAGCGCCAUACUCAGAGGGAACCAGCAGCGGAGCGGAGGAAGAGGACAAAGUAGAAAAAGCGAUGAAGCAAAAAUCUACUUCGAACGAAAACAAGAUGAAAAGCGGCGCUCUAGUGGAUGGACAAGAUGAAAACAAAGUCGAUCUUUCUGAACAGAAGCAGGUGGAAGAAGAUGUUGAGCAGCAUGUUGCGGAUAAUAAUGUUAACAAAACUAUCAACAAAGCCAACCACGCCACGCUGAGUGCCGGGAAAGAGCAACUACCCGACGGAGAGGCAGUUACGCCAGGUGCAGUCCCUCCUGAUGCUGAUCCGCAAAACUACCAAAACGACGUAGACAAGAGUCAACUGCUCUCCCCGGUCACACCCCACGCAAAGAAUUCUAACAGCAAGAACCUGCCGCAGGAAUUGUUCAACAAAGCAAGAACCCUUGAUGUUGAUCAGCAGACGGCGCAAGAAAGCAGUACUAGCGGCGGUGGGUUCUUUGAAAGCUGGUUCGGAUCAACAUUCGGAGCCGCUUUCGUCACCCCGACGUCUUCUUGUAGUCCGGCGCACACGUUCGCGCAAUCGGAUAUGUUUUCCGUCAUGAAUACACCGAAUAAUGCCGGCUCUGCUGCUGAGGACGCAGAUGAAGAUGGCAACUACGUCAGGCACAGUAUGGGAAGUGCUGGCUCUCCGUCGAGUGGGCGGUGCAGUAACAACAAAAGCGGAGAACAAUCAUCAAGUAGUUCCUGUCACGACGAGGAAACACCAGUCAGUGCUACUGAAGAUAGUAGGAAGACGAGCUGCAAAAUGAAUCCAGAGUUUUCUCACAGUUCCUCCUCCGCAUCUUCGUCCGUCAAUUUGCCGGCGGAGCUGGAGAAGCUGCAAGCAACGUACCAGAAGGAACUAGAUUACCUGUUGGAGUCCGCAGAUAGGGACGGGGACUACGAGUCGGCGAUCAAGAUGGUAGAAGAGGCGAAGAGGAUUUUAAUGGAGGGGAAGGAGGAAGAGUAAGUUGUACCAGUAGGAGGCGUCAGUGACUUCUAUAUGAUCAUUUACGAGGAUUUCAGUUUUACUUUUACGCGGCAAGACUCAUUUGUUGUAAGAUUUUAUACACAUCAGCUUUUCACUUCACUUCACAUUCUCGUUUUAGCUUUAGGUUUACCACAGUUUCAGAAGAAUGCUACAGAAUUUCAAAGAAUGUAUCAUACGGUUUGUGUUACCAAACGAAAAUUUCGACUAAGAAUUAGGGUAGAAGUUCUAGUUGUUUGCACGAUUAUGAAGAUGCAGUUUUCAUCAAGCUUUCAGAUUCAGAAAAUGCAGCUUUCUUAGCUUGACUCAGGGCAGACAUUUAUGCGUAGAUAAAAGGUCUGGUGCAGUCUUAUGUUUCACAGAGAGAGCAAGAGUCUAUCAAUUUCAUAUUUGAAUCUGGCUCGUAUGAUCCAGAGCGCAGCAAUUUCAGGCACAAGCUUGCGAAGCUUCGCAUUUUUACCGAAACAGGGUCUGCUGCAUUUAUUUCCAGGUAGUCUUCUACUCUGACACGGCAUUAUUGCAGCGUGAAGAAUAUGAAACAGACUCGACAUGUUGAUAAUUUGCCAGUUUAUUGGCAAGCGGGGAAUGAAAAACAUAUUUGAUCAUGCUCGUUGAUGGUCUAUUUAUUGCCAUUCCCCUGCGCGCAGCGACGUUCUG